AUGUGGAAACACAUUGAAGAUGGAGAAUGGCAGAGGGCAGGGAGACUUGUAGCUAAUAGAAAGUAUCAACAUGCCUUGGACCGUUUGGAAGGUUUGGUUGUGGCUCACAUUUUCGAACUUGCGAAGAUGAAUAGGGCAGGGACAGGUGAGUCCACCCUCAACACAUACAACAACCUUGCCAGUGCAGUGUACCCUCCCUGGCCAAUACUCAAGUGGGAGCAUGUUGUUGAGACAACACACUCCAAUGUCUCUCAAUUACCUUGGUCAUCACCAGCAGCUUGGAGUGGGAUGGAUCUUUAUUUCAAAAUGUGUCGAGCAUGCAAGGAGAUUUGUUGUCUGAAUAUCAAGGUUCACCAUCUGUAUCUGUGGGUGUGCAAAGAUCAACUCACAGUUGCUAACCCUGCCCUUGCCCAUCAAAUCGCUAUACAUCAGAACACUCAUGGCCAGUUCAACUCCUGCCAUAUCAAGUGGCUUGAUGAUAUCUCAAAGCUUCCCAGCUUCACUGGUACACUUGUCCCUGGUCUAAGUGCUUGCACUGGUAUCAGGGAGAGUGCCAGCAUGCCAGAUCCUCUAAUUCCUGCCAACAUGUUUGCUGCCCAUAUACCUGCACACAACCCUUCAUCCCCUAUAGGUGCAGAUACUCAAGAGGAUUUAGAUGAGGAGGAGGUCACAGAGGAGGUUGCAGAAGAAGCCUCAAGGAGUUUGCAGGACAUUAUCACCAUCACUGAUGACUUCUCACAGCUCCAGGUUGUUGACAAUGGUGAAGUAGAGGAGUAG